GCGGGCAGGCACUGCCGGGCUGGACGACCUCGACCCGGCUCCCGGCGAAGCGCCGCGGAGGAGCUGCCCGGCGCGCGGAGCCCGGGCACGGGCGAGCCCCUGCAACCUUCCCCUCGGCGCUGGGCCGGCGCAGAGCUGGAGCAUCCGCGGGGGCCCGGGCACGGCGGACCGACGGCCGGCUGCCCCGCGUCCCGUGCCCCGCGCCCAGCGGCAGGGACGGCGGCGACAUGGCCGCGCGUGUCGGCCUCCUGCUGCGCGCCCUGCCGCUGCUGCUGUGGGGCUGCCUGGACGCCCAGCUCGCCCAGCGCGUAGGCCAGGAGCUGCGCAGGGAGGCGGAGGCAUUCCUGGAGAAGUACGGAUAUCUCAGUGAACCUGCCCCCAGCAGUCCCGCCUCCACGCGAUUCAGCAAUGCCAUCAGGGAGUUCCAGUGGGUGUCCCAGCUGCCCAUGAGCGGGAUGCUGGACCCCGCCACGCUGCGCCAGAUGACGCAGCCCCGCUGUGGGGUGGCAGAUACCGAUAGCCAGGUGGCCUGGACCAAGAGAGUCAGUGCCCUAUUUACUGGACGUCGGGCCAAAAUGAGGCGUAAGAAACGCUUUGCCAGGCAAGGCAACAAAUGGUACAAGCGGCAUCUCUCCUACCGCCUGGUGAACUGGCCCCAGCACCUGCCUGAGCCGGCAGUUCGGGGGGCCGUGCGCGCCGCCUUCCAGCUGUGGAGCAACGUCUCGGCGCUGGAGUUCUGGGAGGCCCCGGCCACAGGCCCCGCUGACAUCCGCCUCACCUUCUUCCAAGGGGACCACAACGACGGGCUGAGCAACGCCUUCGAUGGCCCAGGCGGCGCCCUGGCGCACGCCUUCCUCCCCCGCCGCGGCGAAGCGCACUUCGACCGCGACGAGCGCUGGUCCCUGAGCCGCCGCCGCGGGCGCAACCUGUUCGUGGUGCUGGCGCAUGAGAUCGGCCACACGCUCGGCCUGACCCACUCGGCCGCGCCGCGCGCGCUCAUGGCGCCCUACUACAAGAGGCUGGGCCGCGACGCGCUGCUCAGCUGGGACGACGUGCUGGCCGUGCAGAGCCUGUAUGGGAAGCCCCAGGGCGACUCAGUGGCCAUCCAGCUCCCGGGAAAGCUGUUCACGGACUUUGAGGCCUGGGACCCCCACAGACUCCAAGGAAGGCGCCCCGAAACCCGAGGUCCUAAAUAUUGCCACUCUUCCUUCGAUGCAAUCACUGUAGAUGGGCAACAUCGACUGUACAUAUUUCAAGGGAACCAGUUCUGGGAGGUGACAGCUGAUGGCAACGUCUCAGAGCCCCACCUACUACAGAAAAGGUGGGCAGGGCUGCCCCCCCAUAUUGAGGCUGCUGCGGUGUCAUUGGAGGAUGGAGACUUCUACUUCUUCAAAGGGAGUCGAUGCUGGAGGUUCCAGGGCCCCAAGCCAGUGUGGGGCUCCCCACAGCUGUGCCGGGCCGGGGGCCUGCCCCCCCACCCGGAUGCUGCCCUCUUCUUCCCUCCUCUGAGCCGCCUCAUCCUCUUCAAGGGCGCCCGCUACUACGUGCUGGCCCGAGGGGGGCUGCAGGUGGAGCCCUACUACCCCCGAGGCCUGCAGGACUGGGGCGGUGUCCCUGAGGAGGUCAGCGGCGCCCUGCCCAGGCCCGAUGGCUCCAUCAUCUUCUUCAGAGACGACCGCUACUGGCGCCUUGACCAGGCCAAACUUCGAGCAACGUCCUCGGGCCGCUGGGCCACAGAGCUGCCCUGGAUGGGCUGCUGGCACGCCAACUCGGGGGGCACCCUGUUCUGAAGAUGCCCCCACCUCUUAGGGAAUUGCUGGCGCUCUCAUGGCCAACGUGUAUCCCCAGCCCCAAGAGCAGACCCCGUCUGGAAGCCUCUGAGUCUCCCAGCAGAAGUCCGGGCAGGAAAGUUCAUCUGCAUUUGUUCCCUGGAGAAUGUCCUUGUGCUGUCAAGACAUUGAUCUUUGUGGGAUCAAUUCAACGAGAAGCCGAAAAGGAUCCCAGACCCCACGGCCCUUUCCCCAAAGACUCAUUCCUCCCCAGGCCUUGGGGAUUUUGUUUCUUCCCCUAAAGGUGCAGUUCCUGUCCAUGAGGCCACAGCACUGGGCAACCAGGAAGGAUGCAAAACUCAAGGAGAAGCUGGGACCACUUUGCAAGACUGUCCCUUCCCCUCAGGACCUCCUGGCUCAGUCCUUGGAGAAUUGUGUCUUAUUUAAUCUCCAACCUCAGGGGUGUCAGGACCCAGAACAAGAAGGAGACCGAUGCAGGCCUGCUGGGCCCCGUUUCUUUCAGGGGUUGGGGGGAAGGCUGGAAUAAAGAGGUGCUCCCAGCUGGUGGGCCUGGAGGGGGGAAGCAGCCUUCCUUGGACACGUUUCCAGUGAGAGCAGGUGGGUAUGGAUGCCAGGGAGGCCGCAGCCAUGUUCUUCCGGUCAAAGCCGGGACCAGUGAGUUGUGCGUGUGUGUGGCUGUGAUGGGGAGAGGCGCCCUGCCUCUCUCCUCAAAAAUCAAAAUAUCCUUCGCCCACCUCAUCCCUCAGGCCAGAUGAAGGACCCUGCGUGGCAGGGGGAGGACAGGAGCCUCUCCGGAGGUCUGCACUGCUGCAGUCGCUGGGGGCUCUGCAGGCCGGGAGAGCUUCGUGCUCACAAUGGCCCCAUUCUCCUGGCCACACACGAAGCAUUCCAGGAGCUCCUGCUGGCCGGCCGAGAAUAGCUGGGAUUCCUGGAGAAGGCCCCAGCUCCCCGGCCUCCCUGUCUUCUGUCUCAGCGGCUUCUGGGGCUGCUUCUCUAGUCCUGCCCCCUCCACACCUGCCAGUGCCUCCUCUGCAUACAAACUGACCUCAGCCAGGCCGGGCUUCCCGCGGGAGGGGAGGAAGGUCCGGCCAGCUUCAGCCCUCAGCUGCCAGUGGGCAUUCCUGGCCCGGCAGCUUCAUUUUCUUCUCUGCGCGGUGGGGAGAAUGGCCUUUGACUGCCCUUGGCUGCAAGUACUUUGUUCCGCCCCCUCCGGGGGGAGUUGCAGGGAGGAGGCUCUCCGCCUGCCCUUUUCCCUCUGGCUUGAACCCGGGGGAAGGGGAGGAGGGUUGAUCUUUAUCCCACGCCACACCUCAAGGCACUGACACUUUGAUUAGGGGCUUUAUUGAAUGAUUUGAGGGAAGGGGCAAGUUUCCCAGAGGGGUUAUUCUCUCUAGGCGACGCCUCUGCUCACCGGGCCCGAAGGACAUGAAAUACCCCCGAGAUGACUGUGAGGCUGUACCAGGGGGCGCGAGUCAGGUGGGCGGUGGGCACUGCGUGCUAACCCGGGCGCGGGGGCCCUCGGGAGGCGCUGUUGGAGGAAUGGAGCUCCAGGUGAUGCUGGGCUCCGCAUUGAUGACAGGUGGGGCCGGUCAUCAGCGGUGGGCCUGCUGGGCUGCUCGGAGGGGGGCGCUCCGGGAAGGCGGCUCUCAGGCACGUGCUGGAGAGCGCUCCGCGUCUGGGGAGAGGAGAGGGUGGCGGGGAGUUUGGAGUCAGGCGAGGAUGGAGGGCCA